AUGACUCAUCUUAUGGACACUGACCGAACUUGCGUAGAAGUAGUGGACCACCCAACUCUUAGCUUCACAAAAGGAGUAGUCUUUGAGCCAGAUACUAAGGACUGGGAUGAUAGUGAUCUGUUAAAGGAACUGUCGCAUGAAGGUGUCACUGAAAUUAAACGAAUCACAAGUAAGGACAAGAAAACCGGCGCUAUUAAGAACACACCCCUUCUUAUUCUCACGUUCAAAGGAACCAAAAGGCCGAAACAUAUACAUUUCGGUAUGCUUCGGAUCAACGUUCGAACUUAUUACCCGUCCGUGCUACAAUGCCGCAGCUGCGCUGUCUACGGACACACCCGUAAGCACUGUUCGAGCGAAGCGGUGUGUUUCAAUUGUUCGCAAAAACAUAGUCUCGACAAGGACACGGAUUGCCCAAACCCAGCAUACUGCUACCAUUGCGAAGGAGCCCACUCUCCGAUCAGCAAGAGCUGUCCGGUCUUCCGGAAGGAGGAAGCAGUGGUUCGAGUCAAGAUUGACAAAAACGUCACCUACCGCGAAGCUCGUGAAGAGGUUCUAAGAACUACUUCUCAAAACAGCUAUUCGAGCCAAUUACAACACCGACUUCACGAACAGUCCGAUAAAGACCGGCAAAUACAACUGCUUCAGAAAGAAGUUGAAAAGCUAAGAGAUCAGCUUAAAGAGUUCGCUCUUUUGCGAUCCCAGCUCGAGGCCCUACAAACAGUACACCAAGCAGCAAUUAAAGUAAAUCAACAACCGGAAAAAAGAAAACCCAGUCCAAAACCAUCCGAAUCACCUUCGAAGGCGAGAGUUUCUCGUAGAGAUUCUGGAAAAAAAGUUCCUUCAAUCAAUCAAACGCCCUCACAGAAUACUAGACAACUCAACAACCAAUUCACCCCAAACACUCAAAAAUAUCCAAACCGUAGUCUCAGCAGAAAAAGAUAUAUGCCGACCUCCCCUACAAAUCAACACGACAAAACGGCAAAGAAGCCCCUUCAAGACCAUCCGAUAGAAGAUAUUCGCAUGAGGAACACUAGUAACUCUUCAGACGACGACUAUGACGAAUAA